AUGUCGGCUACAGAGCAUCAAGGUCAAUCAGCUACUGAGAACCAGCCAUUGAUGGCCGCACGCCCCUAUGGCGAGGGUAUGCCAGCACCUAUGGCCUUGGGGGCAGGCGGCCCCUCUGCAACUACUAUGUACCGAUUGGAGUUAGCAUUCUUCUUUGCUGCUUUCAGUACUGUGUUGGCAGGGGUAGCUUCUACACUGACUACAGCCUUUACCGAGUUCGCGCCUUUCGACCUGAUAGAUGACAUAUACCUGUUGGUAUUCGGUCUCAUUAUGCUAGUCGUUGAUGCGCCGGUGAAGCCCAAAGCGCUGCAAAAGUACCAGGCAUUUGUCAGUCGUUAUGUGAAGUUCCUCACUAGGUUGACGGGCAAGGGAUUUUGGUACAUUUUCCUGGGCAUCCAUGUGUUCAUAGCUCUCUGGACCAACGAUGUAUGGCCCAUCGUUGGUCUUGUCAUCGGCCCUGGUAUUUCACUUGCUGGGUGUGCUGGUGCAUACGUUGGCAUGGCUAAGACCAGAACUCUCGAGACUGUGGCACGUAAGCUGGCGACUCAGAGCCCUGAGCAGCUGUCAUUAUUAUAUAAGAACAAUGCUCUCACAGAUCAAGGAGAAGGCCUCACUGCCGAGGAGUUUAACAAUAUCGCCCGGAACAGUGUGGGGAUAGCAUUCGCACCUGAGGACCUCAAACUUAUAUUGAACGCUCUUUGCGAAGGUCGACGAGGCAUCACUUUGCGGGACUUGGCGAUCUGGUUACAAGGUCCGAGGACGUUAUUGUGA